CGUCCUUCACUUUCUAUAUAGACAGUGUGAGUGCGUAGCAAACACGGGGAGGGAUAGAGCCAGAGAGUAAGAGAGUGAGUUAGUGAAUGAGAAAGACGCAGAAAGUGAAACAGCCAGAAAGAGACUAACGGCUCUUAUAUCGAGCCGUCAGUAGCCUAUUUUGCACCGGAGAUUCUAGAAACAAACAAGACAACAAGAGGACUUGUGAUAGGCACUCGGCAGAGAAAAAGCGAGUCCGCUGAUAUUUUAAUGACUUUUCUUGAAUAGCUGAGUUGUUAUUCUGAGAGCACUUCUGCGGGUUUCUGUAUACAGACACUGAGGAACAAGGAAUACAAUGUUAAGGGUUUUGGAUAUUGUGGUCACUGCUGUGACCGUCUGCCUCAUGUUUGAGGGGGUGUACGGUGGUUACGGGAUGAGCAUGUUCGCUGCGCAGACGUCUCCCCCUGAUCCUUGCUACGAAGAGAACGGUAACCCACAAAGAUGCAUCCCCGAUUUUGUAAACUCUGCUUUCGGGAAGGAGGUGCGGGUGUCCAGCACCUGUGGCAAAACUGCCAGCAGGUACUGUGUGGUAACGGAGAAAGGGGACGAGAGAAAUAGGAACUGCCACACCUGCGACGCCUCGGACCCCAAAAAGUAUCACCCACCGGCAUAUUUGACGGACCUUAACAACCCCCAUAACCUUACAUGCUGGCAGUCAGAUAAUUACAUCCAAUACCCCCAGAAUGUUACUUUAACUCUGUCACUUGGCAAAAAGUUUGAAGUCACUUACGUAAGCCUGCAGUUCUGCUCACCACGGCCCGAGUCAAUGGUCAUCUUUAAAUCUAUGGACUACGGCAAGUCGUGGGUCCCUUUCCAGUUUUACUCGACCCAGUGCAGAAAGAUGUACAACAAACCAAGCAAAGCUACAAUCACAAAGCAGAACGAACAAGAGGCCAUAUGUACUGACUCUCACACCGACAUGCACCCUCUGUCAGGCGGGCUCAUCGCGUUCAGUACAUUGGAUGGCAGACCCUCGGCGCAUGACUUCGAUAACUCGCCGGUGCUUCAGGACUGGGUCACGGCUACUGACAUCAAGGUGACUUUCAGCCGGUUGCACACUUUCGGCGAUGAGAACGAAGAUGACUCGGAACUGGCCCGGGACUCUUAUUUCUAUGCAGUGUCAGACCUGCAGGUCGGCGGUCGAUGCAAAUGCAAUGGGCACGCUUCGCGGUGCGUAAAAGACAGGGACGGAAACCUUGUUUGUGAGUGCAAACAUAACACUGCGGGACCAGAGUGUGACAGGUGCAAACCCUUCCACUAUGAUCGACCGUGGCAACGCGCAACAGCCAGGGAAGCGAACGAAUGCGUUGCCUGUAACUGCAACCUGCACGCCCGCCGCUGUCGCUUCAACAUGGAGCUGUACAAGCUGUCAGGGAGGAAGAGCGGAGGGGUCUGCCUCAACUGUCGCCACAACACGGCGGGGCGCCACUGCCACUACUGCAAGGAGGGCUACUACCGGGACCUGUCCAAGCCCAUCUCCCACAGGAAGGCCUGCAAAGCAUGUGAUUGCCAUCCCGUGGGCGCUGCUGGCAAAACCUGUAACCAAACCACGGGCCAAUGUCCCUGUAAAGACGGCGUGACUGGUAUCACGUGCAACCGCUGCGCUAAAGGCUACCAGCAGAGCCGCUCGCCCAUUGCCCCCUGCAUAAAGAUCCCUGUUGCCCUUCCGACCACCACUGCCAGCAGCACAGAGGAACCAUCAGACUGUGACUCCUACUGCAAGGCGUCCAAAGGCAAGCUGAAGAUCAAUAUGAAGAAGUACUGCAAGAAAGAUUAUGCGGUCCAGGUGCACAUUCUGAAGGCGGACAAGGCGGGCGAGUGGUGGAAGUUCACCGUCAACAUCAUCUCCGUCUACAAGCAGGGCGAGAGCCGCAUCCGCCGCGGCGACCAGUUCCUGUGGGUGAGGGCCAAGGACGUGGCCUGCAAGUGCCCCAAGGUCAAGCCCGGAAAGAAGUACCUGCUCCUGGGCAACGACGAGGACUCCCCGGGCCAGAGCGGCGUGGUGGCCGACAAGGGCAGCCUGGUCAUCCAGUGGAGGGACACGUGGGCCCGUCGGCUGAGGAAGUUCCAGCAGCGCGAGAAGAAAGGCAAGUGCAAGAAGGCAUAGGGCGGGGAGGACGCAGCCCCGGCCCCGGAGGACGGAGGGAUGGGGGGGGGGUAAAAAAAAAGGACAGGAGACGAGGCGGAGGAGCGAGGGAGAUAAAAAAAAAAAAAAGGAGUGGAUCGGAGGAGGAGCGGGAGAGACGGAGGGAGAGAGGAGCGAGGACAGAAAAGGGACUGUGACCGUCGCUGCUUUGUGUUUUUUUUUUUUUUUAGUAGAAGCAUGAAGAGAAUAUUAUUAGGAUGAUUUUGUAUUCUAGUGAACUUUUAUUGUGAAGGAGCUCACCACCUCGUAGAUCUGGUUUCAUGGGUUUUAUUUCAGCCUCCGAGAUUCGUCCCUUUGUGGAUUUGCUGAGUUUGCACCGGCAUAUACAGUUCUUUUAUUUCUUUUCUUUUUUUCCUCGCAAACAUCCGUAGUGGAUGCUGGUGCAUCAUAACAACGACAAAGACACACAGUCACUGAAUUCAUCAUCUUCUCUCUCAUCCACCUCUGCUCUGCCAUCCUCAAUCCGGACUUAGGCAUACCAUUGGCUCCUAUUAGAACCAAGUGCCAUAAAAUAACAUCCUUUUGAAGCCUCAAUGAGUUGACCACUGUUCUGCCCAUUUAUAUUACAUGUGGGUAAACUGAAACGUUUCGGUUGCACAUCGGCAAUGUUUAAGUGGGUCAGAUUGCAGGUGGUUAGAUCUAUGCCCCCAGCGAUAUCCUCAGUGAUAUAAUUAACACGAAUCUAGUUGACUGAUUAAGCUAAUUAAGCACAGCCGAGCCCCAACAGACUACAUAUUACAUUUACAUUUAAUCAUUUAGCAGACGCUCUUAUCCAGAGCGACUUACAGUAAGUACAGGGACAUUCCCCCCGAGGCAAGUAGGUUGAAGUGCCUUGCCAAAGGACACAACGUCAUUUGUCUCAGCCGGGAAUCGAACCGGCAACCUUCUGAUUAAUAGCCCGAUUCCCUAACCGCUCAGCCAUCUGACUCCCCCAGACUACCGACGGUAUUGUCCUGGAUGACGCUACUUCCACGAGCCCACAGGAUUCUGAAGGGGAUCAUGCAAAGGAAUGUUCCUUGACGUGACCUGUGGCGGUUGCGGGCCACACAGUGCCACAACCCCCUCUCUUCCAACAGGCUGGUUGUUUGUUUCCCUCACUGGCCCUGUGCUGCCGGUAGAUGCUGACGCUAGUGCUCUGACCCUUUGACUGGACUCCAGUAGACGACGACAGAUAUUUACAAUGUCUAGGAGGUCACCCGGAGAGCUGUGGAUGUCUGUAUGACUUUCCAUGACAAUAUCAUGAAUACAAUAUAAUUAUACAAUAAAUGUCACUGAAAAUGUCAAACUGACAGUCCCAUUGGAGUCCCAUGGCAACUUCACAUUAGACAUGCAUCCAAACACUUUGCUUGCGAGCCUAGCCCCUUGUCUAAGUGAAACGGGAGAGGACUUUUUUUUGGGUCCCGAUGUCUGUACGUGAAGCACAUGCCUGAAUGUGCUUCACGUACAGACAAAAAGAAAGCAUUUGUGGUUUCAUAAAUGAUACUGGAGGGUUUGGGAUUGUGUGGGGCCAGGAUAACAUUGUUUUAGAGAAAAUGUUAACCAAGCAUUGUAUGGUGUGAAAAUACUGGUAGCCAGUUCGAAAAACGUAACAAUGUACAUAUUUAUAUGACCUUUCUCCUAGGACAAUAUUACCUAAUACUUUUCAUGCCAAUCUGCACAACACUGUUUAUGCAGUGUUGAAUUUACUUAAAUACUAUUUACGCCCAGUGAGAAUUAUGACUAUAUAUUAAAUAGAUGAAUGUGUUUUUUCUCCUCAAAUGUAAAGCCCUCUUUGUUAUUGAAACAUGCUUCCUUCCAAGGUACUAAUAGUGGCAAUAAAGCAUUACAUCUGUAUAGGUAGUAUUUUUAUGUGAAAGUUAUCUAGAUUAUAAUACCCUAUUUUUUGUUAUCUUCAAUGUAUUGAUUGUAGAUUGUAGCAGGCAAAGAGAAAGAACAGACAGUAAAAAUAACAGUAUUUAAAUCUUGGUUGCACUAGGCAACAGAAAAGUAUGAGAGGCAAUAAGUAAACGUUUUGACCUGGAUGACUAUGAAACUUUAAAACCGAAUCAAAAGUAUGAACUUCAUACCACGACCUCCUCCGCUCCCCAUGCAGUGGCCUCAUCCGUGUGUAAUGUGGUGCACAUUUCACCACUGUGCACCACCUGGAUCCUGUGGGCUGUUGUUGACAGGUCAUGGGGAUGUGUCUAGUCUAGACCUGCAGACAUCUCUAUGGAGAUCCUACAGGGCUGUCAAAGGAAUUAUCUCCAGAAAUAAAUUGCAUAAGGGUAAGGCUACCAGGAGAACUGCAGAUAUUGAAAAGCAUUUCAUUUAGUGACCUGAUUGUCCCCAUUCUGAAAUAAAUAUUCAACAUCUGUGUUUGAUUUCAAACCAAUCCAAUCACAUUCACAUGGUGGAUCGGAUUUGAGGUAUAUUGGUUCCAGAUCGUUUAUAUAGAUAUGCUUUGUGCUGGUGUCUUCUUGCAAAGAUGAAAUAUAUAGAUGACAUAUACACAUAUUUAUACAUAUAUUGACAUAACUGCCUUCGACGUUAUAUCUGUACCAUGCAACUUCCCACGUAAAUGUAUCUCUGUUUGGCACCAAGGAUAUAAUCAAAACCUAAUCGUUUUCUGAAGUCUCUUCAGCACACAUGAUGUAAAUUUUUGAUGUUUUUUUCCUGAGCAAUGGGUCGGCAGUCUCCACGAUCAAAUGUUAACUGUAGACAACCUGUCAAAUUGUUGCUUUUGUUCAUGCUAUGAAUUGUAAAUUUUGUUUAGCUGUGGCCACUGCAAGAAACCCUUGCAGUGCUGUUUUACAAUGCGUACUAAUAUAUUAUGGUUAUUAUAUAUGAAUAUAUUUAAUGACACGAGACAUUGUGGAUUUUAUUGUCUGUUUCGCCUUUUUUUUUUUUUUUUUUUUUUUUUUACUUGUUUGUGGUUGUUUAGAUGGUUGUGAUAAAAAAAAGAAGGAAACUUUAACUACUGAACACCAACCUGGUAGAACUAAAUCCAGAAUUCAGUUGAAAUAAACUCUUGUUAUUAA